AUGGUCGUUUCUGUUAAAACAACAAGUGUGGAAGCAAAGGUUCAUCAUUCUGUUCGCAAAUGGUCUGGUGUCAUAUGGUUUUUAAUUGAAGUGAAUUUAAUUGGUGGUACAAUAUUUGGAUUUCCAGCUUUAUUUAAAAUUUUACCUCAAUAUGGAAUUUAUAAUGAUACGAAUAAUUGUGCCAUACCAUUAAUAAAUAGAACCGAAGCAGAAGGUAAAGACUCAUCUUGUGAAGGACAUCAGACACGACAAUAUCAGAAUGCGUUAACAUUAGGUAUUAUUUUAUUUGAAAUACCAUCAGUAAUUAUUGGUCCAUUGAUCGAUCGAUUUGGAUGUCGAUUUGUUAAAUUAAUUGCAAUUAUCUUCCAUAUUAUUGGAUGGUUAGCAUUAGCAUUUGUUGCACCUGGACGCGAUUCACUUUUAUAUGUUCACACAAACUUCUCAUCCUUAGCUGGUAUCAUUGUGUUAUUGACAGCUUAUACAUCAAGUGAUUAUUUUUCAAAAUCAAGAGCAUUUGUUUCGGCAUUGUUUGCUGGAGCGUGUACAUCAGCUACAAUGUGGUAUUCCAUAUUUCAAAUUUUAAAUGAUGCUGACAAGAUUACAUUACAACAACUGUCUUACAUAUGGAUGUCAUUUAGUGUAUUAAUGUUGAUCAGUUCAUUCCUAUAUCUUGAUUGUAGAUUUCCUAUUCUAAAUUUACCCUAUCGGUUUGACACAAAAUUUGAAAAGAAACAGGAUCAUUCAGUUAUCAUUACAGGUGAAGAUCAAUCAUCGAAUGGUAGUGAAAUAGACAAUAUGAAGUGCUUUCCAUCUGAGUAUAUUGGCACAUUAACUGGAGUUAUGUGGACUGCAGUUGGUGUUAUCACUACCGUUCAAUAUGUUUUAGUCCAAUUGACAAACAAUGUUUCUCUUUCAUGGAGAGCAUGGUUAAUUGUAUUGUCACUUGUGAUAUUAAUGUCAUGUCAUCUAGUUCAAUUGUGGUGGAAAUAUGUGAAAGAAUUCAGAAAGAAAUCUGUGGCAAUUAUGAAAAAAUGA